ACCCAUAUUCUGUUUAUUCCAAACUCACUGAAUUGCAUGGCCUAGUGUGCCUUGUUCUGCACCAUUCCCUGGCCCAAACUCACCUAAUCAACUAGAAUAUAUAUCAGUUAGAGAUAAAGCUAUACAUACGCCAGCUGGUCCCUGUGUUCAAAAGGAGAAAAGGGUUUCUUACCUUUGGCCUUCCCGGCCUCCAGCUCAGCCAUAAUGUGGCUUAUCUAAAGGUCUGAUAGGUGGGGCACCUAGCUCUACCCAGCUUUCCAGCUCCUUUCAAUUCCCUUGUUAUAGCUUCCUCAGACACAGUGGCCAGGAAUUGCACAGAGAUCUUACAAAGGGGAUUCUCACAACCUCCAUUUCUGUUGGUCCAGGCACAAUGCCCAGCGUAUUUAAGACAAUCACAAGAGCUGUGGUCCAGGAGUUGGAUGCUGGAGGCGAUAUGAUUGAAGUCAGAAGCGUCCUUGAUGCUGACAAGUUUCAUUGUUUCUGUCUGGUGAUGGAGAUGAACACACGCCUUUGCUACAGAACAGACCUCACCCUGGAGGACAUACUGGAGAGUGACAAGGGUGAAGGGCAGUGUGAUGAGCUGGAUUCUGGGCUUCCCGGUCAUUAUGAGGUUCAAAGGCUGCGCUCCAAGCUGUGGAUGUGGUAGACUCAACAGGGGAGUCGACAGUGAAAUUGCCCAGGGGAAUUACAGUUGAAGGGGCCUUCCAAGAGUCCCACAGGCAUGACAUCACGAUGUUGUGGUCCAGGACAUCCAGCCACAUCUGGAUUCCCUCCAGGACAGAGGAAGAUGGUGGUGCUUCUUGUUUAGGAAAGUCUUUGAACUUGGAGGAUUUAAGAAACAUGAAGGAGAAGGUGCAGGACACAGUGAGUGGUCUCCAGGAUCUGCCUGAAGAGGAGCGAGAUGUGCUAAGCUACCUCACUAAGUGCCUCACCACAGACGAGGGGCUGAAGGAUCUAGAUGAAAAAGUGUCUAAAGUCCUGACCUCCGGUGAGCUGCAGAUGGAGGGCCCAGCAGGUCCUCUCCUGAGUAGCCUUUUUAAUGCUGCUGGCAUCUUGGUUGAGGCAUGUGUAGAAGCCAUUCUGGAGUUCCUGGAAGCCUUGAAGGAGCUGUCUGAGGAGAAGGAGCUUAUGGCUGAGACCCUAAAGAAGGGGACCCUGCCCCUGAUGAAGGACCAGGUGGAGUCUAUCCUGGAGCAGAACUGGGGUGAGCAGCCCUGUGAUGUGCCCUUGAGACUCUCUAUGCCCUCUUUGUUGCUGUCUUCAUCCUGCUGCAGCUGAGUGAGAAGCCUGCCUCUGUGCCUUCCUGUUAGCUCUUUUUUUUUUCCAAU